GCACAGUUUGAGCAGGUCGUCUGCUGGGCGGUGCUGGCGCUGGUGCGACUGCGGUGUGGCGACGCUAUCCAGGGUGUGUACGCGUGCUCGCUAACCUCAGCUCAGCUGGAUCAAACCCUGCAUCGACAUGGCGUCCGGCAGGUACGAGCUGGCAGCGAAGGAACUGCGUGCGCUCGUGGAAGCUUACAGCGAGUCUCUCGCCGUCGACCAGCCGGACACCGACCCCCCUCCCACCUCCUCGGUCUUCGUCCCGCCCCCCAGCCCCACUCACAAGGCCGCCCCGGAGCACGACCCCUUCAUUGGGAGGUUCCUCGUGCAGCAGGUCGCCGAGUGCUACGUACAGCUGGGCAGCUGGACGGAGGUGCUGCGCUGGCAGGAGCGCGUCAAGGACAUGAGGAACGAGCACGGUGGCGCACCCACGCAGCAGGCGUUUACGACCACGCUCGACACCAACUACGUGAGGGCGCUGUCAUCGUUUGAGCAGCGUGACUACAGGCAGGCGGACACACACCUACAGCUCGUGUCGGAUGAGCUGCUGCACGCGGGCGUUGCCUGGGAGCAGCACGAGCUCAUCGACUGCUGCGACAGACACCUCCUACGUCAGGCCACCAACCUGGCGCUCGGCAAGAAGCUGUCGGCUGUUCCCACUGAGCUAGAGAACAUCAUGUCGCUAGCGCACUCUGUCUUGAGGAUCGGUGUGCUGGACUCGCCACCGCUGCUCUGUCCGGAGGCAGUUAUCAUGGCGCAGUGCGCGGAGAUGCUGCAGCCUUUAGCAGCCAAGAAGACAGCGGGUGCGUUCCCGUUCAGAGACACCAUCGCGCUCGACCCGCAAGAUCACUAUGCACGACACCUGGGCAUCGCCAUCCGAUACGUCGCCUACGCCGCCAGGAAGAAACAAGAGAAUGGUCUGGCAACGGAACUCGCGCAGCGCCCCCUGGCCGAGCUCUACCUCACGGGCGCCUCGCUCGCACGCAAGCAGCAGAAUCUCUCGCUCGCCCGCGACCUCAUCCUCGCGCUUGUCGCCGACCGCGCGACACCAGAGGGCGCCGUCGUCGUAGAGGGCGCCAAGCUGCUCUCGUCGCUCGGACAGACGCGCGAGGCGGUGGAGGCGGCGUGCGGCGGCGUCGUCCACGUCGUCAAGGACUUUGUCGGCAGCGGCGCACAGCUGGCAGAGUGCCAGGAGCCGAUGGCUCGCUCCCUUCUCGACAUUGCCAAGUGGCUGCAGCAGGACCAGAAACACCUAGCCUCGCUCGCCGCACAGCUAGGCAUGCUGGGACAGGGCGAUGGCGUCGACGCGCCGCUGACGGCAACCGCUGCUAGCCUCGCGACGCUUCUCGCGCGACAAGAGGACAUCCGCAGGGUGGACGGCGACGACUGGAAGAUCGCGGCGUCGUCGGUCGUCAUGGAGACGGACGCGGUGCUCGGGCGUCUGCUGCACCUGAGCGCGCUCACGGCGCCGGGCCUCGCGAAGGCGUGGUCGGCGCUCGCGUCCUGGUGCUACAAGUGGGGCCGCAAGUCUGUGGACAAUGCGAGCCAUGGCAGCGUGGGGCUGCUGCCCGCCGAGCAGGAGGCCAUACUUGACCUGCUGCCCAAGGUCAACGAGAUCGAGCGCUGCUUCGCCGCCAGACUGCGCGUGAACCUGCUCAUGAACUUCCUGGAGCAUCUCGACAAGUUGAUGUACAACGCCUACGAGGGCUGCGCCGUCGCCAUGAAUCCCGCGCCCAAGGUCGUGCGGACGUUCUUCCGGACGAACCGGGCGACGUGUCAGGAGUGGCUGCACCGCGUGCGCGCCGCCGCCAUACAGGUGGCGCUGCACUGCGGGCUGCCGGCCGUCGCCGUGCAUCACGCGAUGGAGCUGCUAGCCGAGAUGAAGGCCGCCGCUGCGACGCAG